UUGUAUGCCCAGAGUCUGAAGGGUUUCGAACGAAGAAGAAGCAAAUUGUCUACAACUAAUGUUUUGUGUGUGAAUUGGAAUUUUGUCUUAACGUGUGUUUAAGAUUUAUUUCUCUUGGUAGGUCGUAAGUAUUCGCGGUCGGUUGACUGUUCUUCCUUUAAACAGCCCUCUGCUCCGUCGUGUUGUUUACCUUCUGCCAUCGGAGAGCUACGCAGUUAGCACAGCUAGCCGCUAGCUGAGCUAGCUAACCGCCGUCCAGCUUCCAGAAGUCUGCGGCGAAAUGGCGGCCAACACGGCACAGGCAACUCCAGCGACUACCUGGUCUUAUGGUGCUGGUGCCGACAGCCAGGUUCAUGAGAAUCCAGAGUGGGAAAAGGCAAGACAAGCGCUGGCAUCAAUCAACAAGAGUCAGAACUCUGCUAACACCACACAAGCCAAUCGGACCCAAGUAGAGGCGGGCCAAUUCCAGCCAGCAGCAGGUGACUCGGCUGCUAUGCAGCAGCAGCAGCAGUUCUAUCCAUGGUACCAACAAACUCAACAGCACUACCCUGGAUAUACUUACCCCUAUAAUUACUACUACCCCAUGGCUCCAUAUGGCGGUGCAUAUCAACCAAAUCAGUACGGUGUGCCUCCAGGGUCAUACACAGGAACAACUAACUCGAAUGGACAGCCUCCCCCAGUGCCUGGAAUGGAAGACCAGUCCUCCUCUUACCCUUCCCAACCUCAGCCUCCUCCCCCUGCUACUCCUCAGCCCCCUCAAAGCCCCACCACCUCAGAGAACCCCCCUCCCCCUCCACCCCCACCAAUCCCUCCACCCCCAAACUCCCAGUACCCCCCUCCCCCUUCACAAAAUGCGUACAAUGCAAACAACACUAUGCCGUACCCACCUGGUGACCCCAACCAAAUGCAAGUCUACAACCAUUCCCAGGCCAGGCCCAACUACGGCCAAAGCUUCCAGGCCCAGAACGCCUACCAGCCCGGUCAGAAUAACUCCCAGCAGCAGCCUGUGGGUCAGUACGGCUCUGGCCUGGGCAGAGGAGAGGCUAAGAACAAAAACCAGAAACAAGGACAGCAGCUCUGGCACCGCAUGAAACAAGCACCCGGGACUGCUGCUGUGAAAUUCAACAUCAACAAGAGGCCCUAUCAGGUCCAAUGCUCGUCAAUGUCAAACCAGCCUUUUGCUCCUGGGGAGCCUUCAGGACAGAACCCCACACCUUCCUCACCAGCUACAGCCAGUGCUGCACCUGGAGGAGCUCAGACCAGACCCCAGGACUGGCCCCAAGCCAUGAAGGAAUAUGUGCAGCGGUGUUUCACAGCCUGUGAGACAGAAGAAGACAAAGAUCGCACAGAGAAGGUGUUGAAGGAAGUCCUGCAGGACCGCUUAAAAGAUGGCUCAGCCUACACCAUUGAUUGGACACGGGAGCCUUUACCAGAACUGAAGGUUAAGCAGUCUCGUUGGGAAGCUGUCACACCCCAGCGGUCCUCGGAUGGCUCAGUCGGCCGUGGUGGAAGCACAGCUGCAUCGGCGUCGAGAGGCCGCGGUAGCGGACACAGACUGGGUCACUACAGGAAUAUCUUCUCUCAGAGGAGCCCGUCGUCCAGUUCAUCCCGAUCCUCCUCCCGCUCGCCGUCGCCCUCACACAACCGCUACAGGGACCGCAGCAACCAAAGGCACCGACGCAGUGAUUCGGGUUCGCAGUCGGACAGCAGCAUCUCCAGUGACCUGCGGUCUCAGCUGUCGAGGCGAAGUCAGAAAGGAGGACGGGGCCGUGGCAAUGACAGGGAGAGAGGGCGCGGCGGUGGAGAGAGAGGGCGAGGAAGAGGAGGAAAGGCCAACAGAGGAAGACGGGGCGUGGACGAUGGAAAUCCAACAUCUGGAAAGAAGAGGAAAGGUGGAAAUGCCGGGCUGGACUUCCACGACCCCAACAAAGAAGCGAAGAAGCAGAGCCGAGCAGCUCGCUUCCAGAAGCAGCUUCGCUCAGAGCCUCUCGUCCUCUCCAUCAAUACCCUGGACCUGCCUGACGCAACGCAGGAGGGCAUCAGUUGGGAGGACUGUCCCAUUGUGGGGACGUGUCAGGACAUUACCAAGCCCUAUCUGAGGCUGACCUGCGCUCCCGACCCCUCCACUGUGCGGCCCGUUCAUGUCCUCAGAAAGUCCAUGCAGGUCGUGAAAGCCCACUGGAAAACCAACCAGGAUUAUCUGUACGCCUGUGAACAGAUGAAGUCUAUACGCCAGGACCUUACGGUCCAAGGAGUUCGUACUGACUUCACAGUGGAAGUGUACGAGUGUCAUGCCCGCAUUGCUUUGGAAAAGGGAGACCAUGAAGAGUUUAACCAGUGUCAGACGCAGCUGAAGGCUCUUUAUAAGGACAACCCCUCAGAGAACAUCGGAGAGUUCACAGCAUAUAGACUGCUGUAUUACAUCUUCACUAAAAACUCUGGAGACCUGACCACCGAGUUGGUGUACCUGACCCCAGCGCUGCGGGCAGACGAGUGUGUGGCUCAUGCGCUGGCACUCCGUGCUGCCUGGGCUUUAGGAAACUAUCACCGGUUCUUUAAGCUGUACCUGGAAGCGCCGCGGAUGGCUUCAUAUCUCAUUGACAAGUUUGUAGAGAGAGAAAGAAAGAUUGCACUCCGGGCCAUGGUCAAAACGUUCAGGCCUGACCUGCCAGUGCAGCAUGUGCAGUCUGCUCUGGGCUUCACAUGUUUAGACUCCUGUAUGGCCUUCCUUGCUGGCCUAGGUGUCACAUUCUUCCCCUCUGAUCCCCAAAAGAUAGACUGCAAAACCAGCACAGCCGCUCUGGCUGCCUCAUGAGGGCGGGGCGGGGGCCAGGGCAGCACACGGGGUGGGCGGGGGGGGGGGAGAUGAUAGUUGAAGUUUAUUAACUAUAGUUUAUUUAAUGCACUGCACUUCAGACACCUCAGCCAGGUCAAAUCGAAAAGCCUCAUGAGUGUCAGAUGUAUUUUUAUGGCAGACAGAAGAAGAGAAGAACUGUUCUAGAGAUAACUCAGAAUAUGCACACACACUUUGACACAGAUACAGGUUCACCAGAUCAGACCGUGCUACAUUCAGGACGCAAGAAAAGUGAGUUUCAGCAUAGAAUCAUGCACUUUCAGCCUUUAGAGUCCAGAGUCAGCGGUCAGUGAGGCGCUCACCUUCAUGGUUCCUAUUCCUUAACCAGCACUAGUUUUCAAAGCUAACAGUGUUCUGUUAUGUUUUUUUUCCUUCCUCAAGUCAACAGCUCAAAGCCCUGAAGACUCAAGUCUUACAGUAUGAAGGGAAAUGCAAACGGAUCCAGCUCUUCACUGCUCGAAUCUCGGUCAAACAAAGCAUUGUGACCUCGAGCUCUUAAAGACUGUAAGAAGACGCCUGCAGCCUGUCUAAAGAAGAGGAGGUGGUUUGUAUGUCCUGCCCCUAGUGCCGUUCUGCAGAGUAUCUCCAGCUGGCAGUUGUUCCCAUGUGGAAGAGUUGGACUGAGGUCAAAAGUCUUGUUCCUGGUGCAUUGUUCACCCGCUGGUUAUGAAAUUCCUGGGAGGAAGUGUCCGCCUGAUGAGAAUGGACUGUACGGUGAAGGAUGCAAGCAAGUUUUUUUUUUUUUUUUUUUUUAAAUGUCAAGAUGAGUUUCUCACGCCGUCGUCACCUGGAAGUGAUUCAUCUCCUGAAUCGGUGUAGCUGCAGCCAAGAGGAAACGUGCCUCCGUCGUCAUCUGCCGGAGUUCCUGUGAGCAUCCGGAGUCCUGCUCACCCCGACAACAGCAGCAGCAGCAGCGGUGGCGGCGGUGGUGAAAGUCGUCCUCACCUCACCGGCUUUUCAUUCGAAAGAGGAAAAAUGGCAGAGCUGUCGUCUCCAAACACGGCCGGAGCCUCCGAAGGAAACCCGGGGCUUUUCAAGAAGGUGGUUUGUAUGCUGCGUCUGGGUCCGAGUCUGCAAGGCUGGUAAGAGAAGAACUGCAGGAGGCGGCGACGACGGCGCCGCAGAGAUGUUUCCUCCCGUGUCUUCUGUGUUGAUGUGUUCUGUCUUGUGAUGAUUGGACCAGCAGUAUUGGUUUUUCUUUUGCCCAAAAGAAGAAAAACGUCUGCUAUCAGGGCUUCAUGCAAAUUUCGGACAAUUGAAUGAAUGUCUCAAAUUUGACAGUAUCUGAAAAUGCCAAAAGUGGAGUCGGUGAAACACCAGAUGUUUAAAUGCACCCGGGCAUUCUUCUGUCUGCAGGACGGACAACACAGUAUUGAAACUAAACCCUAACUUUAAAAAUCACAUCAGCCAAGUGCAAAAUACUCUAAUGCCCACUAUUUUUGUAAAUUUGAAAGUCUUCACCUUAAAGCUGAACUUGUGACCUGAUUUGUUCAGUGAGCCACCUUAAAUGUAAAACUGUCAAGCUUGAAAUCUGAAAUACUGAUUGGCUUUUGUGUCCUAAACAGCCAGAUUGGUGAUGAUUGGAGUUUAUAUUUGAUAGUGGUAUUUCCCCUCAGUAAUUUGGAGCAGGUCUUGUUUCAAGCUGUGGCUCUGGUUAUCAGAGCAGAGACGGAUUCAGCGGUGCUCUAUUAUUCACCUUUACUCAAAAGGACCUUCAAAUUUCUGUAUAUACUGUAUGAUAUUGCUGUGGCCAUUAAUUUUGCAUUAUUGCUUAGUGGAGGUUUCUUUUCUUUUUGUUCACACGGGUAAGUGUGAAGUUUAUUUUGAGGAUUUUUACAUUGGCAGAGCAUUUAUGUAAAGUCAGAUGCCGACAGGUCUGGAUUGGAUUCUGUGCUGUCUGUCACCUCCACCAUCACACUCGGCGCAGAGGAGUUGCUAAAUGCCAGUGAGAGCAGCCCGAGGACAUCGGCGCAGGCCGCGAAACCACGAUCAGACUUCAUUAACCUGAAUAAUUGUUAAAGUUGUCCCUUCAGGCGGUGCGUCACAUCUGUCUCACUUUGUUGGCUAAUUGGUUCACGCUGUGCUUGUAUACAUUCUGUAUGCAACGUUGCCGUCCUCCACAACAAAUUAGUCUCAAGUUGGCAGAUUGCAUUUCUGAACUUGACUCAGUGGUUUGUUCUUGAAGCAGACAUCUUGCGAUGGCAAUGAUCUCAACAUGUUUCCUUUUUCUCCCCUCUUCAUCUUCCCCUCCUCGCCCCCUGUCCUCUGACGCUCCCUCCCUCCCUCCCUCCACUCCCCGAUCCUCUCUCCCACACACCACCAGACGUCUCAUCCUUCAGCUGCUAGCACUGCUGCAUUGCAGGAGUACGGAGUGGUGAUAAGUGGGCGAACCUCCUCCAGACGUCUGCCGGAGAGAGAGAGAGCAUUGUGAGCAAAUCCAAGUCUUGGUUUGACCCACUCGAGUUGAAGCCGUACAGCUGAUAGAAUCAAUGGGAGCCUCACAUAAUGAAAUGUGAAGAAUGUUGAUCUGCUGCGAAUGUGAUUUGCUGCUAACCCAAAUAUUUGAAAAUGUUUUUUUUUUUUUUUGUUUUUUUUUUUUGUCUGCAACCUGUUGCAAGUUUUCAUGCCAAAGCUUGAUAAUUGACAAAGUCACCAUGUAAUGUCUUUUCUGUUUGUCCAGAUGCAUUUUUACCCACAGCUCUCUGCUCGUUAGUUCCGUCUCACGUCUCAUCGUUCUGAAUUCGACCGCUCACCUCAGUUACAAAAUUGGAGCUUCCUGUUGAGGACAUUAUCCCUCAGCGUCAAAAUGCAUCUGGACACACAGGACAUGCUGUUAUCUUUGAACCCCUCAGCCACAAUCAGUCCGUUUUUUUUUUAAAGUAUUCAGUAUUUUUGAGGCAUGCUGGCGUGUGCUCCCAUGCUGCCAUUUACUUUUCCGUGUGAUGAACUUCAACAGUUGAGCCGUGCUGUCGGAACUCUGCGGAGGGUUAAAUUGUGUACACGUGAUGUCUCAGGUUUUCAGAGCUGAUAUAGUCCAGGUCUUUUUUUCCCCCCCUCCCAUUUUGUUUUUUUUUUUUUUGAAGAACAAAAUUCACCUCGAGGCGACUAACAGAACAUAUUUUCAUUUAGUUUCUUUUGUUUUCCUCCGGUUCCUGAGUCAUGGUUUCUGUAUUUUGCUCCCAUGUUGCUGUUAUACCUCCAUCAGUCUUUGUAACUCCUCCCUUGAUAUGACACUGGAUGAACUCCCACCUCCCUCCAGUCCUCCAUCUAUCUUCAUUUCUUUCUCUCUAGUCAUAGCUUAGAUUCCCCCCUUUCACUGCUCUCACUUCUGUUCUUCCUCCUCCAUGCAUGACCCCCCCCCCCCCCCCCCCCCCCCACUGGUAUUUCUCUCCUCAUGCUCACCUCCUCCCUUUCUGUUCAGUAUGUUUGUGACUGUUUGCUGUGUGCAGCGGUUCACUCACUAGUAAGUAUUGUACAGCGUCUGCAGUGCUUUCAUAGUUUAUGUUGCGGCUCACUAACACCUGAAGACCUUUCCUUUCUACGAUCACCCCUCCCUCCCCCACCCCCCACCCCCCACCCC